GGGAGCAGCCUGUGGUGACCUGUUGUUGUUAUUAUUAUUAUACAGGGGGAGCAGCCUGUGGUGUCCUGUUAUUAUUAUUAUACAGGGGGAGCAGCCUGUGGUGUCCUGAUAUUAAUAUUAUUAUUAUUAUUAUUAUACAGCAGGAGCAGCCUGUGGUGUCUUGUUAUUAUUAUACAGGAUGAGCAGCCUGUGGUGUCCUAUUUUUAUUAUUAUUAUUAUUAUUAUUAUUAUUAUUAUUAUUAUUAUUAUUAUUAUUAUACAGGGGGAGGAGCCUGUGGUGUCCUGAUAUUAUUUGUAUACAGGGCGAGCAGCCUGUGGUAUCCUGUUAUUAUUAUUAUUAUACAGGUGGAGGAGCCUGUGGUGUCCUGAUAUUAUUUGUAUACAGGGCGAGCAGCCUGUUGUCUCUUGUUGUUAUUGUUAUUAUUACAAUACAGGAGUAGCAGUGUGUGGUGUCCUGUUAUUAUUAUUAUUAUUACUACUAUUAUUAUUAUUAUACAGAGGGAGCAGCUUGUGGUGUCCUGUAAUUAUUAUUAUUAUACAGGAGGAGCAGCUUGUGGUGUCCUGUUAUUAUUAUACAGGGGGAGUAGCCUGUGGUGUCCUUUUAUUAUUAUUAUACUGGAGGAGCAACCUGUGGUGUCCUGUUAAUAAAGACAUAUGUUAUUAUGUUUAUGCUGGGGUGCAGCCUUUAGUGUCGUUGUUAUUAUUAUUAUUAAUUUUAUUAUAUGAAAUUGUGGGGAUUGAAAAUAUUGCUCAAAUUCUCGGAUAUAUUAAAGCAGAGACCAUAAUAUCCCUGGCAUGUGUAACAGAUGAUAAUUGAAGCAGUAUGAAGAAAAUGUAUAUCACACACCUGGGAGUGUCACAGUGACAUCAUUUAGAUCUAUAGUAAUAAAGGAACUCCAGCUGUGGGGAACGGAGUCUUUAUUACACAUCACACGUUCUGUAUUCUCUCUGAUUCACAAAGGAUGGACAAGGACAGGAGUCACAGGACUGAAAAGAUAAUAAAUAUCACCCUGGAGAUCAUCUACCUACUGACUGGGGAGGAUUACACAAUAGUGAAGAAGACAUCCAAUGGGUGUGAGACACCCAGCAGCCAUCCCCGUGUAUCAGGAGGACUGAGUAGAACCCAAAGCCCAAUCACGGUGCCUCCACCUCACUCACUGACACAUGAGAGACACAAUGACAAGAAGAUCCUGGAACUCACCAACAAGAUCAUUCAACUGCUGACUGGAGAGGAGGAGGAGUAUAUAGAGGAACACAGGGGUCUGUACAAGGACGUGAUGAUGGAGAAUCACCGGCCCCUCACAUCACCGGAUGGUCCCAGUAACAGAGAUACCCCAGUGAGACGUCCCCGUCCUCUGUAUUCCCAGGAUUGUACAGAGGAGAAUCACAGGAUCCCACAGGAGGAUCAGGUAGAACGUCUUUCUUGUAUAAAGGCAGAAGAUAUAAGGAGAGAAGAAGAGACAUAUGUGACUGAUAUAAAGGCAGAAGAUAUAGAGGAAGAAGAAGAGACAUAUGUGACUGAUAUAAAGGCAGAAGAUAUAGAGGGAGAAGAAGAGAUGUAUGUGACUGAUAUAAAGGCAAAAGAUAUAGAGGGAGAAGAGGAGACGUAUGUGACUGAUAUGAAGGCAGAAGAUAUAGAGGGAGAAGAAAAGACAUAUGCGACUGAUAUGAUGACAGAAGAUACAGAGGGAGAAGAAGAGAUGUAUGUGAGGGGUCAUCAGCAGUGUAAGGAGGAGGAGAUCCCUACAGAUAUCAGCACAGGAGAUGGACACACAAGCAGGAAUAUCUCAGAAGGACAUCUAAUGUUAUCCCUGGAUUCUGAAAUAACGGAUAAUGACCGUAGACUGGAUUCUCCAGGAGCUAACCCCAUUACCCCAAUUAUUCAUCCAGCUCUAUCAGAUGAUCCCUCUGAUUCUGGGAAAUGUUCUCCUGAUCACUCUGAUAUUGGUGCAUCUGUUACAGCUCUGACAGUAGAUACAGUGUUUCCUUGUUAUAUAGAUGCCAAAUGUUUUACACAGAACACAAACCUUAUUACUCAUCAGCCAGCUAAGGCAGGUGAGAGGCCAUUUCCAUGUUCUGAGUGUGGGAAAUGUUUCGCAUAUAAAUCAGCUUUUGUUACACAUCAGAGAAGUCACGCAGGUGAGAAGCCGUAUUCCUGUUCUGAGUGUGGGAAAUGUUUUGCACACAAAUCACAUUUAGUUGUACAUCAGAGAAAUCACACAGGUGAGAUGCCAUUUUCCUGUUCUGAGUGUGGGAAAUGUUUUGCAUGCAAAUCAUAUUUUGUUAUACAUCAGAGAAGUCACACAGGUGAGAAGCCGUAUUCCUGUUCUGAGUGUGGGAAAUGUUUUGCACGCAAAUCACGUUUAGUUAUACAUCAGAUAAAUCACACAGGUGAGAAGCCAUUUUCCUGUUCUGAGUGUGGGAAAUGUUUUGCACGCAAAUCACAUCUUGGUAUACAUCAGAGAAGUCACACAGGUGAGAAGCCAUUUUCCUGUUCUGAGUGUGGGAAAUGUUUUUCAUCGACAUCACAUAUUGUUAGACAUCAGAGGAGUCACACAGGUGAGAAGCCGUUUUCCUGUUCUGAGUGUGGGAAAUGUUUUGCAUAUAAAUCAAAUCUUGUUACACAUCAGAGAAGUCACACAGGUGAGAAGCCAUUUUCAUGCUGUGAGAGAAAUAAAUCUGCUCUUGUUGAACAUAUUAGACAUUACCCAAAUACGGAACCAUUUACAUCUUCUGGAGUAUAAUUAUCACUAUCAUGCAAUGUUUCUCAAGGGUGAAUCCUAUCUCCUAUGCUUUAUAAAAUAUACAUGCUACCACUGGGUGAUAUAAUCAGACGUCAUGGCCUGGUCUAUCACUGAUAUGCAGAUGACCUGCUUUUUGCUCCAUGUACUGAGAACCUAAUACCAAUCCUAAAUGGUUGUCUAGCUGAGCGCCAGGGGUGGAUGAUGCCAGUUGGCUGUGACUCAGUCUUUGUGAAACAUAAUAGAAGCUCACCAACAAAGGACAAGACUACAGCUUUACCAACCAUCUGGAUUUAUGCUUUGGUGUUCAGAAUUGCAAAAUACUGAACAUGUGCUGAAUCUUUGUGAUGUCCUGGUAUGUGGCUGACACAGACAUCAGGUAUCUGCCACAUACAAAUCCUCAUUCUUCCAUCUGUGGACCAUAGCCAGAAUCAGGCACUUGAUUCCCUCAGAAGUUCAUAGACUACUGCAAUGCCAUCUACCUGGGUCACCCAGCAAAAGAAUUACAGAGCUUGCAGCUAGUACAGAAUGCAGCAGCCAAGCUGUUACCUAACAAGCUCAUUCCUGCCACAUAACACCCAUUCUCUACUCCCUUCACUGGCUGCCUGUAAGAUGACAAAUCUAUUUCAUAAUUGGCUAACUGACCUUCCCAGCCCAACAUUACAUGGUCCAAGGUACUAGAAGCAGCUUCUGCCUCCUUACUGCCCUGCUUGCUGGCUUCUACAGAUGAAGGACUGUUACCAGCAGUACCAAGAAUCUCCUGUCAUUCAUUUAUGGGUUGAACUUUUAGCUUUGCAGCCCUGACCAUGGAACUCACUGCCUUGCACAGUCCAAGAGGCCUCCACUCUAGAGACCUUCACAAGCAGACUGAUGACUGUUACUCACGCUUUUCAUUAAUGUACCUCUAUUUACUUCCUAAAUAAUACAUCCCAAAUGCUUAGGUCUUUUUUCUGCUGUUUAUUUUGUAUCUUGUGCUUUGUGUAAAUGUGAAUGUCUAAUACCAGUUUCCACAGUCUGUAUUGCUGCACGACAAUAUGGCGGCCAUUGGAACGUGUUUUCACUUCUAGUUUGCCUAACUUGUUGCAGACACUCAUCUUGAUAAGGAGUGCUGAGUGUUUUCUGAUACAAGAUCCUGUCCAUAUAUACCCUGUACAUUACCAUGUGCAUUAGAGUCACCCGGGUUCCAUCUGCGGUGGUUUGUUGUAUGUUACAUCUAUAUGGUGCGGAGACUCCCCUGUGUUUCAUAAUAAAAGCUUUUGUUUGCAUCUAAUUAUUACAUUAAAGCUUUUUUCUCUAACGUCCUCAGUGGAUGCUGGGGACUCCGUAAGGACCAUGGGGAUUAGCGGCUCCGCAGGAGA